UUAUUAGAGCAAUUAAUGGAGCAGCGUAGCGAGGACAUAUUUACAAUGCAGUGUUUCUGGAUUCUGCUCACCAUCACGGCGGCCAAACCAGCGCACGGCAUACUGCGGAAGUGACAGUAAGCGUCAUACCUGUAAUUCUAAUGUCCCUGCUCGGUGGCUGCACCUGCGCAGCUCUUGUUGGUUAUGUGCUUGAACUAAAACACUUUAUGGACAGGUUGGAUGAAUCACAAAUGGAGUCAUUACUAAAGACAAGAAGUUAGACCAUCCAUUCAUCCAACCAUCUAUUUCUACGGCGAGGACUCCACACACACCACCAUCACAGCCUUCUUGCCUAAACACAGUUCAGUAUGUAUCAGAUCGUACCAGUAGCCCCCAGGGACCAGCAUCUGUCCGAGGGGGCUGACAACUCCCCGCUCAAAAAGCGAGCGACCGAGGAAGCGAGGCCCCUGGUUGUUGCAAGCGUGCUGGGCUGCAUGCUGGUUCUGGCUGCAGUGGUAGCCUGGUGCUAUUACUCGGCAAAUCUACGCAAAGCCCAGCUCAUGAAGACUGAACUGUUGGACCUCAACAAGGAUGGCUUUGUUAUUCGGAACAAGGCGGGGGCGAUCAUUUUCGCCAUGACCUUCAGAUCCGCCACACUGGAUUUAGACUCCUGCAUCAAUGAAGGAAGUAUUCUAAAAUGUACUCAGUCAGAUACCGGCAAGAUCAACUUUUUUAUCCACGCGAUUCGACCAAAGGACACUGUCAUGUGUUACCAUGUCCGCUGGGAGCCUUUGGAAGACGAGCAUACAGUGGAGCAUGCCAUGACCUGCAAUGGCUCUCAUUGGUAUGGAGGGGCCGAAUCCGCCACCCAGCACUGGCCUAUCAGCAUCCAGGGCGAGCAGCAGCCUCAGCCUUUCAUCACCAGUGAUAUCUACAGCAAUCGUAACGCUUUCGGGGGGAUUCUGGAACGCUACUGGCUCUCGUCCAAUGCGGUCGCAAUCAAGAUAAAUGACUCGGUGCCGUUUCAUUUGGGCUGGUCAGAGAGGGACAGGAUGCUUCACUUCCAGGCCCGCUACCAGGAUUCUCCUUUUAAACCACCGGAGGGCCAGCAGGCCAUAGCGGAACUCAGCUACAGAGUGUGUGUGGGAUCUGACGUCACCUCCAUUCAUAAAUACAUGGUGCGUCAAUAUUUCCCAAAGCCUGCCAAGGUGCCUUCUGCUGAAGUGUUCAAACAUCCAGUGUGGUCUACUUGGGCUCUGUAUAGGACAUCUGUCACCCAGGAGAGGCUACUCCAAUAUGCCUCUGACAUCACCAAACAUGGCUUCAACUGCUCCCACCUGGAGUUAGAUGAUUGUUACACCGCCGACUAUGGAGAGUUUGACUUUGACCCGCAGAAAUUCCCCAACGCCAGCGACAUGUUUGACCAGCUCCGACAGGACGGCUUUCAGGUGACACUCUGGACUCACCCGUUCAUUAACUACAACUCGGUCAACUUUGGCGUCGCCGUCGAGAACGGGCUCUUUGUGCGCGAGCUAGGUGGUGAGCUGCCCGCUCUCGUUCGCUGGUGGAAUGGCAUCGGAGGAAUCUUGGACUUCACCAACCCAAAAGCCCGGGAAUGGUAUUCAUCCCACUUGGCUGACCUCAAAGCCCAAUAUGGAGUCACUUCUUUUAAGUUUGAUGCCGGAGAGACAAGUUAUCUCCCUCAACGGUUUAGCACUUUAAUCCCACUGAUGGACCCCUCCACUUUCACCCGGCGCUACACAGAGAUGGCCAUACCGUUUAGCGAGCGUGCCGAGCUGAGGGUUGGCUAUCAGAGUCAGAACAUCUCCUGUUUCUACAGGAUCAUCGACAGAGACUCUGUAUGGGGUUACGAGCUCGGCCUCAAGUCCAUCAUCCCCACAGUUCUCACCAUCAGCAUCUUGGGGUACCAGUUCGUCCUGCCUGAUAUGAUAGGUGGGAAUGCAUACCCGGAGCACAGGACAGGAGGUUUAAAUGACGGGGAUAAGUUACCAGACAGGGAGCUGUACAUCAGAUGGUUGGAGCUGUCGGCCUUCAUGCCUGCUAUGCAGUUUUCUUUACCACCCUGGUACUAUGAUGAUGAAGUGGUGGAGAUAGCGCAAACGUUCACAAAACUCCAUGAGAGUCUUGUGGCCCCGAGAGUUCUGGAGCUGGCCAGUGAGGUCCUCAAGACAGGAGAUCCAAUAAUAAGACCCCUGUGGUGGAUCGCCAAUGAGGACGAAGCGGCCUACAAGGUUGACUCCCAGUUCCUGAUUGGAGACGACCUGAUGGUGGCGCCCGUGCUGGAGCCAGGGAAGCAGGAAAGGGACAUCUAUUUGCCUGCGGGAAGGUGGAGAAGCUACAAAGGGGAACAUUUUGUCAAGGGUCCCAUGUACCUCACUGACUACCCUGUGGACCUGGAUGAAAUAGCCUAUUUCACAUGGGUUCACUGAACACUAACACACUAAUCUGAGCCCCUCCAACGCUGUUUGCACUGCAACUGUCAUGAGUCCCGCGCAUGCCAAAUCACAGAAGCAGUUUUUUUUAAAGGGAACGAGACCACUCUGGGUCUGCUGCUGCCAGUGAUGGAUCCAACCAAAGAAUUGGAAUGAAAUCUACUUCUGUUUUUCCUUAGCUGUCUUGAGACUUAACUCUUUUCCAUACUCUUUUUUUUUUCUGCUCACCAAUGUGUCUUUAUCAUCAGUGUAGUGCACUGAAUAUAAAGACUUGGUAUGUUUAGUGUCGCUUCUCAGUCUUCCAGGUCAUGGUCUUCCAGGUCGCUUGCUUGCAACUUGUUGAUGGCCACCCCUCCCAUGUAAUAAGAUCAUCUUUGGUGGUCAGGAAAUCCUUGUAAGCAGGCAACAGGUGAGGGCACAAAGCACCCCGUGUGUCAGGAGGGCCUUUCUAUUUUAGUAUAGAUGGCUUCACACCUCUCGUCCUUAUCCAAAAUUUGGACAUCAUUGUUCUCAAAGGAGUGUCCUUUUUUUCCCCAGCCAAUUUUUCAUGUGAGACUUUGAGAGGUCUGUUACCUGAGUACCUAUCGCAAAAAAGUCUGCUUUGCAGGUUUUGAUUUUAACCCCUGUGCCAUCAACAGACCUGAACUAGUGGCAGGUAGUUCAUCUAGCCAUACUGUGUAAAGAGUUUCUGCACUUGGAGACAAGCAUGAAAUUAAUUUGUAUAGACAUUUCGUACUGUGUUGAUGUAGUAUCGCACUUAUAAGUCCUUAGUUGGACCUCUGCUCUAUGUACUGUACAUAUUUAAUUUGUGGAUAUAGUUAAUUAAGAAUGUGCCCUGUGGCUGACUGGCCAACAGUCCAUGGUGUCCAAAGUCAGCUGCGAUAGGCUACAGCUCCCGGUCACACCGAAUAGAAAAAGCGGUAGAAAAUGGAUGGUUGGUAUUUAAAAGUACAAUUUAUGCACUUGAAUGAAUGAUUCCAACAUCAACAUUCCAUCACCAGCGACGCCAUUCCUUACUUUUUGAUGCUUGUACUUGGGUGGAUGUAAAAGGUCGGCGCACAGAAACGGAAACUUUAUCCAUGCCAUUUGUGUCUUUCUUGCCACUUUAUUAGCCUUCAGAGGUAAGCUGAAGCAUGUUAAGCCAGUGUUCGAUAACAGGCAUGACUGUCACCUUAUGCUUCGAAUGGCAAAGUAAAUACACAUGCCCACAUGCCUUUUGCAGUUUGAACGUGUUUUAGUACACCUGACUGGGAACUUGUCGUUUUGUGUGUCUAUGGCUUUAAUGCUAGUGAGCUGUGUUUAUAUAUAUAUAUAUAUAUAUAUAUAUAUAUAUAUAUAUA